UCACAUCGUCAACAUGGCAUUUCUUGUACUUUGUUUUCUUGCAUUUAUUGCACCACAUUUCAUUAAAUGCAAUGAUCGUAUUGUUGGCGGUGUUGAUGCUGAAGAAGGAAAGUACACCUAUCAAAUUUCGAUGAGAAUGCAUAAAACCUUUCAUUUUUGUGGCGGGUCAAUCCUAAAUGAAAAUUGGGUUUUAACUGCCGCGCACUGUGUCUACAAGCAAGAACCAGACAACAUGACAAUUGUUACCGGGUCCAAGUCCCUUAAGGAAGGUGGGGAUUCCUACGAAAUAGAAAAAUUGAUUCCACAUCAAAAGUAUAUCGAGCAAACAAUCAGUAACGACAUUGCUUUAGUAAAACUAAAAACACCGAUUUCAAUGAAUGACCAUGUGCAACCUAUUAAGUUGAGUACAUCUAGUCCUAAAAGUGGAGACAGUGUCGUUCUUACCGGCUGGGGUUUGACAAAAUAUCCAUUCCCUGAAAAUACGACAGUGCCAGUUCCGGACCAUUUACAAAUGGCUGAAUUAAAAGUAAUCGACACAUUUUCAUGCAACACUAAACUAUUGGUACCAACUGUAGUACUUCCCAACAUGCAAAUCUGCACUUUGACAAAACUAGGCCAAGGAGCUUGUAUGGGUGAUUCUGGUGGUCCGCUGGUUAAGGACGACGUACAAAUUGGUGUUGUAUCUUUUGGAGUGCCAUGUGCCAAAGAACGACCUGAUGUAUUUACUGAUGUUUCUGCUUACUUGGGCUGGAUAAAGAAAGAGACUGGAAUAGAUGUUGGCACGUCUACUAAUAGUUUUGGUAUCCCGCAAAUUGCAAGCAUAUUGAGUGGCUUUCCUUUCAGUGAUGCUGACUUGGAAGAAUACGUUGCUGAACCUGAACAAUAA